ACUGGGAGCGCGACGGAGACUGAACUGUCAAAGCUUCCCCUUCCCCGUCCAACCACCCAUUUUUACCAGCUGCCUCUCGUGUCUCUGCCAUCUGCCCGUCCGGUCCAACAUCUCGUUUUCUCCCCACAACGGAGCUGGAGUGCGUCGCUAUCUAUUGGCUUGUCUUCUCUCUUAUUUCCAAUUCAUCGUAAGUUCUGAUACGCAGCAUAGUACGUAUUGUUUACCAUUGUGAUAGCUUGUGGGUGUUGCAUCGCGCGCCUAGUCCCAAAAUCCACACUCCCCCACACACACACACCCUCGACGCGCGCGCGCAAGGUCAACCGGCAGUCCCAAACUGACAUCUUUCUCACCACCCUCUCUCUCUUAGAUUUAUAUCCUUAACGGCACCUCCCGUAUCGUUAGCCCACCAUGUCUGAGAGCUUCAACGAAGACAUCAUCGAGGACUCUCCCGCCGCUCCCUCUGGCGAUGUCGAGAUGACCGAGGGUGGUGGUGUUGCCGAGGGCGCCAGCGCGGAGGACGCGCCCGCCAACAAGGACGAGCUCCCCUUUGCUGAGGAGUCGGCCGACUCGCCCCCUCCUCCUCGCGUCACCUUCCUGCAGUACCUUUCGAGCCCCAUCGUCACCUUGAUCGUCGGCACCGGAGACCAGGAGACCGUCCUCACGGCCCAUCAGUCCCUCCUCGUCCAGAGCCCCUGGUUCGCCGAGGCCUGCGCCGACUUUACCGAUGAUGGCAGCCCCCGCCAGAUCGAGCUCCCUAACGACGACAUCGACGCCAUGGGCUGCUUCCUCGAGUUUUUGUAUACAGGCGACUACUUCCCCAAAAAGGUUCCCGGCCAGCGCGCGCUCGAGAAGGACCCGUCGAUCCCCGAGGUCGACCUGACGGGCGAGCAGCUGCUCAAGCACGCGCGCGUCUACACGAUUGCCGAGAAGUUCGGGCUCACCAACCUCAAGAACCUGGCCUCGUCCAAGAUCCACUGCGUCAACUCGACGGCCAAGGGCGAGAUUGCGUACGCGCGCUACGUGUACGAGUUCACGUCCAAGGACGACACCACCAUUCGCGCGCCCGUGGCCAACUUUUGGGCGACGCGGUCGCAUACCCUCCGCGCCGAGGCCGAGGACGAGUUCAGGAACUUGUGCUUGGAGUUUCCCCAGUUCGGUUACGAUGUGCUUACCCGCGUCCUCGACGAAAAGCUCAAGCGCGAGCGCAACGAAAAGAUGCACCCUGGUACCGGCAGCGCUCGCAAGCGCCCCAGACACAGCAGCCAGGCUUAAGCGGCGACGCGAAUCAUCAUCAUCAUCAUCAUCAUCUGAAGCGUGGAAUCUACUAUCGAUAUCAUCAGCCAGGUGGUGGACAUCAGUUGGGAGGACACCAUUUGGUGGGUGGACAUUACGUGGUGGUGGUGGUAGGAGGACGACGCGUAGGAGAGAAUCUGAACGAGGGCGGAAGAAGACCGAAAAAAUGGUUUGGUUUCUCAUCACAACAGACAGACAGACAGACAGACAGACAGACACACACGAAAACGAAGUUUGGUCGCCGCGACAAAGGAAAUUCGCAAUGGAGGCGGCGGCGUUGGCGUUGGCGCAGACAGGGGAACAAUCGAACAAACAAGCCGAUAUCAGAAGAGAAUAUAUCAUAUCAAUCAACCACCACCAGCUUUUUUUUCGUUCAAUCAUUCCAUUGUUAUCUCAGCUAUCUUGUGUCUACCGCAGAUGGUACCUACCUUACUCAGGAAACAAGGGGUUCUGUUUGUGGUCACUUCUCGGUGGAUCGCGUCGAAUCUCGUUGCUAAGGUGGUUCGUUCACUCUCAUCGCCGCAUUGUAUUAUAUAUAUACUUCGUUACCAAAAGUGAAAAGGGGAAAUGGCAUAUACCAUGCACAUGCUCUGCUGGUCUCGUUCUUUUUGC